AUGGUCAUCCAGGGAAUCCUGCGACAUGUAGGGCAGUUUGUCGAUGAUACCAAGCUCACGGGCAAGGAGAAGUUGGUCCGCAUCCACCACCCACAGAUUGCCACAAAGAAGAGUGAGAUUUCCAACCCAGUUCGUGUAGCCUUGAGAAACCAUGCUGUUUGCUUUUUCGAUGGCAAGGAAGUUGGAUCUAUCCAAUGCCCAGUCAACUUUGCCAAUCGCAUUCGAGAUUUUCUGCAUUGA